AAGCCAGAAAAAAAAAUGUACUACAAAAAGAUAAUGAUAGUACAAAUGAUACGUCGUACUGCCACAUGUACGACGCAACUCGAUUACCAAAAAGCAGAGCCAUCCAUAAAUCUCAAAACACAGAUUCCACUGGCGUGUGCUCUCCUCACUUGUCCUUGAAACUAGAGCUUCAGUUUAAAAGAAUGGCUGCUUCAAGUGCUGUCACCGCAAACUACGUCCUCAAGCCACCUCCAUACGCACUGGAUGCUUUGGAGCCGCAUAUGAGCAAACAAACUCUGGAGUUUCACUGGGGAAAGCAUCACAGGGCUUACGUGGAAAACCUCAAGAAACAGGUUCUUGGAACCGAGCUUGAAGGCAAGCCCUUAGAGCACAUUAUCCACAGCACUUACAACAAUGGCGAACUCCUCCCUGCUUUCAACAACGCUGCCCAGGCGUGGAACCACGAGUUCUUCUGGGAAUCAAUGAAACCCGGUGGUGGAGGAAAACCAUCAGGAGAGCUUCUUGCUUUGCUUGAAAGAGAUUUCACUUCUUAUGAGAAGUUCUAUGAAGAGUUCAAUGCUGCUGCAGCCACUCAGUUUGGAGCUGGCUGGGCCUGGCUUGCUUAUGCAAAUGAUAAACUCAAAGUAGUGAAAACUCCAAAUGCUGUGAAUCCCCUUGUGCUUGGCUCUUUCCCCUUGCUUACCAUCGAUGUCUGGGAGCAUGCUUACUACCUUGACUUCCAGAACCGAAGACCAGAUUACAUAAAGACAUUCAUGACCAAUCUUGUGUCUUGGGAAGCUGUGAGUGCCAGACUUGAGGCCGCAAAGGCUGCUUCUUCCUCUUCUUCUUAAGCAGAGUUCUGAACAAUUUGACUUCAGUGAGUUCUGCACUUACUGGAGUUUUUUUUUUUUAAAUAAAGUAUUGGUCGUUGUAAUAAGGACACAGCUCUCUUGUUCUGUGUCACAGAGUCCUUGAUCUAGGUCUUCUACCUGACUACCUGUGUCAUGAACAAUUACCAUGCUCUUUCUGUGGUUUUUCUUUUGUGUGUGUGUGUGUGUGUUAAGUUUUUUCACCUGUUUUCCUUAUGAAAAAGCAUGAUUCUGCGUCUUAUGAACUCGAACGUGCCUA